CUUGAGGCGACUCCACGGAGGCUCACUUCCGCCAUGGAGACUCACUGAACGCAAUAGAUUUAAAAGGCUGGCUCAUUUUUUAUUUUGGACACAGGCUAGCAGCGUUUCACUAUCGCACCUAAUUUCUUUUUUUAACGUAAAUACAAGCGUAACUUCCAAGAUAAUCCCCAAUGAAUAUAAUUCCGACUACGAAACGAGCCGCGUUUAACGUGACUGGAGUCAUGAGCUGUUUUAUUCAACCUCAAAAUGGAGUCGCGGAGGGAGCCAUGCGCUACGGCUCAGGAGAGUCAACCCCGCAGAUAGCCAUGGGCUCGGGGAAAGACUCUCACAGUAACGGUAACGUGGUGGGGUCCUCCAACGACACGCCGAAACGGCCCAAGAUGCUCCUGGGUAUGGACUACGCGACGGCGAAAGCGCUCCGGGAAGACAGCCAGGGCAUCGACGACGACUCGCUGCCGUGUACCCCGGAUGCAGACGGAGACGAACACGACGUCUCUGGUUAUUCUGCGGUUCUGGAGAACGACACGAGGCAACUCAUUAGCCGCUUCCUGGAAGAAUUUACUGGACUUUCGAAAUCUCAGUGGAAUGAAGGCAGAGAACUAAAAACAAUGAAAAGAGUCGUAGAGGACGUUUUGGAGAAACACAGAUAUGCAUUCAACGGCAUGAUCAACAAAUUGUCAUUGGACGAUAGAAGUGACGAUACCAGUUUUGUCAGAUUGGUAGCCAAGAGCCUGUUUGCAGACGGAACCACAAACUGGGGCCGUAUUGCCAGCCUGGUGGCCUUCGGGGCCGUGGUGUGUCAGUACCUGAAGGAGAAGGGCCGGGGGAACUGUGUGGAGCUGGUGGGGCAAGAGAUCUCCACGUACCUGCUGUCUGACCAGAGGGACUGGCUGGUCAAAAACAAUGCCUGGGAUGGAUUUGUCGAGUUCUUUCGAGUAGCAGACCCAGAGUCCACUGUGAGGAACACGCUCAUGGCCGUGGCUGGAUUUGCUGGUAUUGGGGCGACACUGGCCCUGUUGAUCAGGUGAAUCUUUGGACACUCAGAGACUUACUUUCACAUGGUGGAUGCCUUCUUUUGAUCACCUUUCCUCCGCUUUGAAAUUGGACUUUGAUGGACACAAACUGCUGAUGAGCAGUUCCUGUCGUCUUGUCUCUGGCUCCCUGCCACCCCCAGCCGAAAAAAAAUAAGUUCAUACUUUUGGCUGUUAACAGAAAAAUGGACGGACUUUUGCCCACAACAGCCAACUUUCAAAACAAUUAGGGAUUAUUUAAAUUGCAGAGAAAUUUAUUUUUUCUAAUAUGUGUAAAAAUGUGUAUAUGCAAAUUAAAAACCAACAGUAAGGGGCAGUCAGUUGACCUGAUUUUUGCUUAAUUGUCACCUCCAUUAUGUUUACCAGUUUGUUCAUGAUUAUAUCAUAGCUCCCCGGUUGUGAUGGUGUUUUGUAAGUAAGCCCAAGGCCAAAGCAGGAAGGGAAAGCUGCAUUUGUCCAUGUAAUGAAGGCCAUUUCCAUAGAGCCCAUUCAUUACCCCUGGAUCCUUUGUAAGGGCACCUCAGGGAUUUGCAUUUGGGUGUAGCUCUACUUCCUUGUUAUGAAAAUGUUUGGAGACGAGAAGCAACCACAUGCAGGACUCUUUGGCUGAGCAGCAGCCUGGAAAGUGUGAGUCUGUUGGAAGAAAAUGAACACGGACUGCGAGUCGGGGAAGACACAGAUUGUGCUCAUCAAGUGCACGAAGCUGACCAUAGUUUGGGAGGAAAGCAGUCAAUGAUUAUUAGCACAGAUCUGGUUGUAAGCUAACACAUCUGUAUAGGUUGAGAAAAUAAACUUUACAUGACUUGACCUUUGAAAACUGUCUUACUGUGAAGACGGGAUACAUCUACACUCACACCGGGUUUAUUGUGCUGAAAUACAGUGCUGAAAUACAGCUCUCACUCUAACGCCUCAGCACAUGAGAGCCUUUUGAUGUUUAGUCACACCACGACCAGAGUCAGAGCGAUAGCUGUCGUUUCCUAGAAAUUCGAUGAGGCGGAUGCAGCCUGAGCAGAGUUGCAAUGGUGGUGUGUUAUCUGCAAAGAGCUGGUGUGCGACAGCUGAAUGCACCAGCUAGACUGUGAAACUGGGGUAAAAAACAGUUCACAACAUCCUGAAAGUUGCAUAACACUGUCUACUUCCUGGGUUGGAAAGCUCUAAACCUCCCUAGAAACUGAUGACUUAAGCAUAUAUGUAUUUGGUUAGGAUAUAUCAUCGUUAAACAAAUAUGUGUUUGUUUGGGUUUGGUUUAGUGCCCCUGAUGCAAAAUAACAGCCAUUUCCUCUUUGAUCCUCUUGCAGCUCUGAUGUGGCUGUAGACUAUAGUUCCUUUCUGCUCUGGUGUACUGACGCUUGUAACAUUUAAACUAGGAAUAAAUAAUGUUUUUGCACUUA